CCAGUUCCAGUGUCCCGAGUUGAAAGUAGCCAGCCUCACGACAACCUCGAACCGCCGACGACUUUUCGCCCAACAAUCCCCCCCCACCACCGUCAAGAUGAAGUACAUUCACUCUGUCGAGUCCGUCGAGAUCCCUGAGGGAGUCAAGGUUCACAUCAAGUCUCGCAAUGUCACCGUCGAGGGCCCCCGUGGCAAGCUUGUGAAGGACCUCAGCCACCUGGCUGUCAACUUCUCCCAGCCCAAGAAGGAUCUCAUCAACAUUGAGAUCCACCACGGCUCCAGGAAGAACGUCGCCACCCUCCGCACCGUCCGCUCCCUGAUCAACAACCUGAUCAUCGGUGUCACCAAGGGCUUCAAGUACAAGAUGCGUUACGUCUACGCCCAUUUCCCCAUCAACGUCAACCUCGACAAGAACUCCGAGACUGGCCUGUGGGAGGUUGAGAUUCGCAACUUCAUCGGCGAGAAGAUCGUCCGCAAGGUCGUCAUGCACGAGGGUGUCGAUGUCGAGAUCUCCAAGGCCCAGAAGGACGAGCUUGUCCUCCUCGGCAACAGCCUCGAGAACGUCUCCCAGAGCGCCGCCGACAUCCAGCAGAUCUGCAGGGUGCGCAACAAGGAUAUCCGAAAGUUCCUUGACGGUCUCUACGUCUCCGAGAAGGGCCACGUUGUCGAGGCCGAGUAAAGGGUCGGCGCAGUGUCUCUCGGGUUUCUUUGCAUUCUGGGUCUUGAUACAGGAGUGGCAGGGUUUUUUUCUUCGCAUGGCACAUUUGUAGCAAAGGGGCUACAGGCGUAUACCAAAAAGCAAGACACGACCAUCCUCUGGGCGAAUUCACAUCUCAGCGACCCAGAUUGCCACACUCCUGUCCAGGAUGAAUGAAAUGCUAUGUGAAGCGGC